ACGAUCCCAGUCAGUCAGUGUGAGUGGAUCUGCCGACAGCGAAGGAUGGGUGUUACGGCUAAAAUUCUGGUCUUGUUACUGGCCAUUGGAGGCGGGUUGGUCUACAGGAAUGUGAGCCAACUGUGGGCCGACUUGCCCAUUCCCCAGCUGGAUCCUCAGCAGUGGUGGGGCGAUGAAGCCGAGCCGAAGGACUAUGCCGCCUACCUAGCCAACAGUUCGGAGGUGAUUGGCAAUAGGCUUAGCUACCCGGAGAAGACCAUUGCUGAUUUGAAGAGUCGCCUCAAUCGCACCCUGCGCUUAACGCCUCCCCUCGAGGGCGUGGCUUUCGAAUACGGAUUCAAUACGGAUUACCUGAAGGAGGUCGUGGAAUACUGGCGUGACGACUACCUGCCUCGUUGGCGCGAACGCGAGGUGUUCCUGUGGCAGUUCAACCACUUCACCACCGAAAUUCAGGGGCUACGCAUGCACUUCCUCCACCUGAUGGUUUACGACGACAACAAAGUGGGCAAGCAGCACUAUCCGGUGCUCUUGCUGCACGGCUGGCCGGGAUCGGUGCGGGAGUUCUACGACCUCAUCCAUCUGCUGCACCAGACCAACCUGGACAAGAACAACAAGUACAUCUUCAACGUGGUGGUGCCCAGUUUGCCGGGCUAUGGCUGGUCGGAGGGCACUUCGCGGAAGGGUCUGGGUCCCGCUCAGGUGGCCGUUAUAAUGAGGAAUCUUAUGCUGCGCUUGGGCUACGACAAGUUCUUCAUCCAGGGUGGAGAUUGGGGCAGCAUCAUUGGCAGCAACAUGGCCACCUUAUAUCCGGAAAAUGUCCUUGGUUACCACUCGAACCUGUGCAACAGUAUGAGUCCUAAAUCCUUGGUUAAGGGUUUUGCGGCCGGUUUUUGGCCCAGUUUGUUUGCGCCCUCCGGCUUUGGGGAUUUCUUCUUCCCGAAGUCCAAUGAACUGAAGUACCUGAUGGAGGAGAGCGGCUACUUCCACAUCCAAGCCACCAAACCGGACACCAUUGGAGCCGCACUCACCGACAAUCCAGUGGGACUGGCCGCCUAUAUUCUGGAGAAGUUCUCCACGUGGACCAAUCCCAGCUACCGAUCACUGAAGGAUGGUGGACUCACAAAGCGCUACAAAAUGGACGCCCUGCUGGACAACCUGAUGAUCUACUACCUGACCAACUCGAUCACCACCUCGCAGCGUCUGUAUGCGGAGCAGUACGCCCAGGAGCAGCGGAACUUGCGCCUGGAGAGGGUUCCCACUAAAGUGCCCACGGGAUGUGCCCGGUUCAAGAGUGACAUCAUGCAUUUCCUGGACAUCCAGUUGCAGGACAAGUUCACGAACCUGGUGCACAGCACCUACCACAAAAAGGGUGGACACUUUGCCGCUCUGGAGGUGCCAAAGGUGCUCUACCAGGACUUUAUCGAGUUUGUAAAGACGGUGGAACGCAAAUUUAGAAUUAAGUCGCUGUAAAUGUUUUUUUUUUAUAAAGACGCCUCCUUUUCAAAAAGGGCGGUUUUGUGUUGUUAUCGAUAUCUUAUUUGGUUUUGAUCCUGGAAGGUAUACAUUUUUGCACUUUACCUAAGUUGGGCUUUAAAAUAAAGGCAUACCAAAAUGUAAUUAGUUAAGGGUAACCAAAAAGAGUUAAACAUUAAAUUUUUUUAAAAAUAAAAAAAAAAAAAUAAAAAAAUAUACAUCAAUUGCAAAAUACAGAUUACA